UUGAUAGACAGAGAGAGGAGCAGAACUGAGUCCACUGGUCAAAGCAGAGAGAGAGAGAUCCAAACUUGUUCCUCUUCUCUUGUUUCGAAUUCGUCUCUCAACUCGGCUUCAUCUCAUAUAGAGAAAGUUGAAGUUUUUGUAGAUUAGGAUGGAGAACAAACCAAGUGUAUUAACUAGUAGAUACGAGGUUGGGAGGUUAUUGGGUCAAGGUACUUUUGCAAAAGUGUAUUACGGAAGGAGCAAUCAUACAAAUGACGGUGUAGCUAUCAAGAUGAUUGAUAAAGACAAGGUUAUGAGAGUCGGGCUAAGCGAGCAGAUCAAGCGAGAGAUCUCUGUCAUGAGGAUUGCUAAACACCCUAACGUCGUUGAGUUAUACGAAGUUAUGGCAACCAAGUCUAGGAUUUACUUUGUCAUCGAGUAUUGCAAAGGCGGUGAGCUUUUCAACAAGGUUGCAAAAGGCAAACUUAAAGAAGACGUUGCUUGGAAGUAUUUUUACCAGCUUAUCAGCGCGGUUGAUUUUUGCCAUAGUCGUGGAGUUUAUCACCGUGACAUUAAACCGGAGAAUCUCUUGUUGGAUGAUAAUGACAAUCUCAAGAUUUCUGAUUUUGGUUUAAGUGCGCUUGCUGAUUGCAAGCGUCAAGAUGGUCUUUUGCAUACGACUUGUGGUACACCUGCUUAUGUUGCUCCCGAGGUUAUUAACCGAAAGGGUUAUGAUGGUACUAAAGCUGAUGUAUGGUCUUGUGGUGUUGUCUUGUUUGUGCUUUUGGCUGGUUAUCUUCCUUUUCAUGACUCUAAUCUCAUGGAGAUGUAUAGGAAGAUAGGUAAAGCAGACUUCAAGUGUCCCACCUGGUUUGCUCCUGAAGUAAAGAGACUUUUGUGUAAGAUGUUGGACCCUCACCAUGAGACUAGAAUCACUAUUGCCAAAAUCAAGGAGAGUUCUUGGUUCAGAAAAGGUUUGCAGUUGAAGCAAAGAAAGAUGGAGAAACAAGUCAGAGAGGCUGCUGCUAAUAAUCCAGUGGAAGCUGCUGGAGGUGCAGGUCCAAGUGGUAACGGAGAAAGCCACGAGCCGCCUCAGCUUGCAAACUUGAACGCUUUUGAUAUUAUCGCCUUGUCUAUGGGUUUUGAUUUGGGAGGACUUUUCGGGGACUUGUUUGACAAGAGAGAAUCAAGAUUCGCAUCUCGGAAACCUGCUUCAGAGAUCAUUUCUAAGCUAGAGGAUGUUGCCAAGUGCCUUAAGCUGAAGAUAAGAAAGCAAGACGCAGGCUUGUUCAAACUGGAACGGUUAAAAGAAGGAAGGAAAGGAGUUUUGACGAUGGAUGCAGAGAUAUUCCAAGUGACGCCUACGUUUCACCUGGUUGAAGUGAAGAAAUGUAAUGGGGAUACAAUAGAGUAUCAGAAGCUAGUGGAGGAGGAUCUUAGGCCUGCUCUGGCAGAUAUUGUUUGGGUUUGGCAAGGAGAGAAGGAGAAGAAAGAAGAGCAGUUACCGCAGGAUGAACAAGAAGAGCAAGAACCAUUGUAGUGCGAAACUGCAUAGAAAACAGAAGCAAGCACAAGGAACACAAAUAAGACGAGAAACUCUCUCGCGGCCUCAGCUGAAACAGAAGCAGCAUCAAUGAAACCUCAAACGAACGAUAGCUGUGACAAACAAAAGCAGAGGAAAGGAAAACAGACAAAAGUUGAGAUUGUUUUUUACAUAUAUAGCCUAGCAAAAAAAAUUGUAGAGAUAGUUGAUUGUUGUAACAAUUACGAGCUAUUUUUAUACCUUUGAGCUCUUGGCGUGAAGUUUUGAAGUGUAUUGUGUUCUUUGAGUACUACCGUAUAUGAAUGACAGAAGAUUUGAUCGA